AGUUCGCGUGCUCUGAAUGGCAGCAGAAGUUCAUUCAUGUUCAACCUCCAGAGUUUCCUGCGCAUCUGAAGGAGACGGAUUCAGUCAAGAGCUGAUCUAAAACUUUCGCUGAAGUUUCGAGGGGAUAUUUACAAAGAUGCCACGCUCAUUUCUUGUCAAGAAGUAUUUCACCAACAAGAAGCCAAACUACAGUGAACUGGAGAGUCAGACUGACCGGCGAUAUGCAGUCGUCCCGCAGUGCUUCCCCCUGGAUGACCCCCUGGUGCCCAAAUAUCCCUCCAUGCUUGUGUGGAGCUCCAGUGCUCUGCCAUUCCCUGGGGUCUCCUCCAGCGUGUCCUGCCCCCCCGCACCCCUGGACCUGAGCUCUCCGUCCAGCAGCAGCAGCAGUGGAGAGGAGGAUGACUGCCGCACAUCUGACCCGCCCAGUCCAGACCCCAGUGACCGCUUCCAGUGCGCGCACUGUGGGAAGAGCUGCAGCAGCCCCGCUGCUUUGUCCCGCCACCAGCUCGCACACUGCAGCCCACAAGACGGCAUCAGCGGAGCUACCAGCUCCCUCACCAGCUCCAGGGCCGCCUUCCACUGCAAACACUGUCCCAAAGAGUACAACAGCCUGGGUGCGCUGAAGAUGCACAUCCGCUCGCACACACUGCCCUGCGUCUGCAGCACCUGCGGGAAGGCCUUCUCCAGACCAUGGCUGCUGCGGGGACACAUCCGCACACACACCGGCGAGCGUCCGUUCUCCUGCCCUCACUGCAACCGUGCAUUCGCUGACCGCUCGAACCUGCGGGCUCAUCUGCAGACCCACUCCGAGGUGAAGAAGUACCAGUGCGGGUCGUGCUCUCGGACCUUCAGCCGCAUGUCUCUCCUGCACAAGCACACACUGUCCGGCUGCUGUCCGGCGCUCUAGUGGACACACACCGCCUCAGUGACUAAAUGAACUGUGUUCAACCACAAGGUAACCAGAGGAUGCUGUUAUUAACCCUUAAGGACUGGAGGAUGACUCUAAAGGACAGGAUAUGGGAUGGGAUGUGCUGUGAUGAGUUUUCUCCUGCCGUAAUCAACGCAGACACACAGUAAUGGACAAACGACAGGGUGUGCCUUAAAGGGGAAGUGAAGCACUCGGUCAAGUUUACAUUAUUUUGUACAUUGGAUUCCACUUUAAUGAAAAUAUAGUAAACAAACUCGAUUAACGUAACCAUUUAGCAGAAAACAGCACGUUUCAUCAAAGAUCGUAGACCUAGGGUGCCGCCAUCUUGGAAUGUCUCUCUGUGUCUGAUGUCAUGGGGUUGGUUCCUUUCCCUCAGCUGAACAGAUGCAGAAGAAAAGGACUGAACAUGGAGGCUGGAUAGCAUAAUUUAUACCAAUGUGUGAAGGACGUGGAGCUGCUGGAAUGUGUGCGUCAGACACGGCGACAUUCAAAGAUGGCGGCAUUCUAGCUCUAAAAUCUAUAGUAAAACAUGCAGUUUUCUGCUAAAUGGUUACAUUAAUCGAAAUUGUUUACUAUAUUUUCAUUAAAAAGGAAUCCAAUGUACAAAAUAAUGUAAACUUGACUGAGUGCUUCAUUUCCUCUUUAACAAACAAACUUUAACAACAAUCUGUACAAACCCCUCCCCCACAGAACCACGUGACUAUACAGACUUGGCUAUUUUGACUGGAAGGCGGGACUUUCUUCGCUAUGGCAGCCAUUCUGAGCGUUGCACUUUUUCCCAUUCAAAACAAUGCAACUAAACUGUGUCUAUCAAUAGUUUAGGUUUUACCUUGCAUGCCUUGACAUGGUGUCCAACCCAGUCUGCAGGUUUGAAGGGUCUAGCCUGGCUCUGAUGGAUUCUUAGGAUGCACCUCGGUGCCGGCUGGUCCGGGCCUGUAAGGCACAGCUGCUGUAAAGUGUGUGUGUGUAUGGUGAAGACUCGUCUCUCAGCAAGAUCUGUGGGGAUGUAUUGAGACAGCUGUUGCAGCGACACAUGCACUGGCUCUCGGCGUCCGCUUAUCUCCUGAAAGGCACACCAAAGACCUGUUUUAAUAAGAAGCUCAAUUAGGCUGAGGAAUUCUCUCUGUAAUUCGAUCUUUGAGGUAUUGUGGCCAUUGGCUUCUCUUAAAUGCACAGUCUGACUCGGCGGCUCUGUGUUUUAUUCUCUUCUUAAAGGUGUCAAAAAGAGAGCCGUUUGGGAUUUGGAGGAGGGUUAUGUACAAAAUCUCUUGCUUAAAGGGGUAGUUUACCCAAAAAUAAAAAAAAUGACUCAUUAUUUACUCGCCCUCGAGUGGCUCCAAGUUGGUUUUCUUUCUUCUGUUGAACACAAAAGAAGAUAUUUUGAAGAAUGUUGGAAAUCUGUAACCUGUAAAUCUUGAUGUCUAUAGUACUAUACUGUAAAACCCAACAGCCAACUUUAUCUAAGUAAAUGAGUUUAGUUAACUUAAAAUUGACUGUAAGUUAAUUCUACUCAUUUGAAAAGAGUUUUGAACUCAGUGUUGAAGGUAAUGAGUUAAUUAAAUACCUCAUUACUUAAAUGGAGUAAGCUUACAGUACUCAUAUAGAUUAGUUUAACUCUAUCUGUUUGAGGAAACUGAUUGCUACAAACUAUUGGAGUUGCCUUAACCUACUGGGUUUUACAGAGUUCUUUUCAUUUAUCGGGUUUUACUGUGCUCAAACUGCUUCGUUUACUCAAAUGGAAUAAGUUCACAGUACUCAUUAGGAUAAGGUUUUAAACUUAAAUGGUUUGUUGCAAUUGGUUUCCUCAAAUGGCUUGAGUUACCUUAACUUUUUGGGUUUUACAGAGCACUAUUGAAGUCGAUGGCUGUUUUUACCCCGUCAUUAUACAGCAUAUCUUGUUUUGUGUUCAACAGAGGAUAGAAAGAAGCGUUUUUUUUGUGUUUUUUUUUUAUUAUUUUUUUCAGGGUUUUCACCUUUAUUGGAUAGGAAAAGGAAAGUAGAGAGAAGGCGACGCAGUGGUGCAGUGGGUAGCACGUUCGCCUCACAGCAAGAAGGUCGCUGGUUCGGUUGGCGUUUCUGUGUGGAGUUUGCAUGUUCUCCCUGCGUUUGCGUGGGUUUCCUCCGGGUACUCCAGUUUACCCCACAGUACAAACACAUGCGGUACAGGUGAAUUGGGUAGGCUAAAUUGUCCGUAGUGUAUGAGUGUGUGAGUUGAUGUGUGUGUGGAUGUUUCCCAGAGAUGGGUUGCGGCUGGAAGGGCAUCCGCUGCGUAAAAAACUUGCUGGAUAAGUUGACGGUUCAUUCUGCUGUGGCGACCCCGGAUUAAUAAAGGGACUAAGCCGACAAGAAAAUGAAUGAAUGAAUGAAUGAAAGUAGAGAGAACCGACAGGAAAGUAUGGGGAGCAGAGAGAGAGGGGAAGGAUCGGCAAUGGACCACGAGGCGGAAUCGAACUCGGGUCGCCGUGAGCACCGGAGUGCAUGUGUUGACGCCCCAACCACCACACCACUGACGCCGACAGAAACAAGCGGUUUUUGAACAAGCGGAGGAUGCAUAAAUGAUGACAGAAUUUUCAUUUUUUUGGGGUGAACUGUCCCUUUAAGGUCUUCCAUAAAGUCUGUAUCAUCUGCUGCGCUGUGGACAUAUUUUUUCCAAAGCCACAGUGCUUUAUAUGAAACGUUUGUCUUCAUGUUGGUUAUAUGUUGGACCUUUGAGGCAAACCAAAUGCUAUGCAAUCUUUUUUUGACCAUUGACAAUGUUUUCGUGUAUUUCUACUUGUAUUUCUACAGUUUUUUUGUCCAAUAAAGUAAUUUAUGUUUUUUGUUCAAGACGAAA